AUGCGCGUUACCAUGAACUUCAAGAUCGCCGCCGCCAUCCUGGCUCACCAGGCCACUCAGGUGGUUGGUGCGGACUACAUCCAGUUCGCCCAGUCCUCUGACCUUCCGGAGCCCAAGCUGACCACCAUCCUCGGUGAUGGCAUUCAUCAGCCCAUUCCCACUGGUGGCUCCCACGGUACUAUGGUCUUCGAGACCGAGGUUUGCCGCCCGGUCACGACCACCUCCUGCGACAUCUUUCGCGUCACCUCUGUCGUCUCUUCGACUCAGGCCGUCAAUACCUCGGUUCCCGCCGUUCUGACUACUCCUGUCGAGACCUCUGAGGUUCUCACCACGGUCGCUACUGAGGUCCUCACUACCACCAGCGCCUCGACCUCGGUCAAGAGCACUGCCACCGAGUCCUCUGCCUCAGUCACUGAGACCCCCGCUCCCACCUCCGGUGCUGAGAAGCAGGUCGAUGGCGCCGGCCUCGUUGCCGGCCUGGCUCUCCUCCUCUUGAUUUGA